AUGAAAGUCUACUAUAAUCGCCGGCCUCGGUCUUUGGCUUUGGUUCAAGGCGAUAACAUUUUAAUUAUCAGAGGCUCGAGCCGACGUAAUGUUCCUAAUCAGCAAGGCAGUGGAAGUGGCGGUAAUAACGCCCCUGCAGACCAAAGCCCACCAAAAUGCAUCAUUGAAUUUGCCAAACGCGACUCUAUCAAAUUCGAUCAAUAUCGUCUGCUCAGUCCCCACGAAUGUCAGGGCUGCUUGGGUCUUAUUGAGAUCAAUUAUGACGUUUAUCUUUGUGUCAUUACAAAGGGUGCCGAAGUGGCUCAGCCCCGUCCUGGUGAAACUGUUAACCGUAUUUACUCUGUCGAAUUUUACUGCGUAAAUAACAAUGAUUGGGAUUUUGUUACCCUUGACGCUAAUGGUUAUGCUAUUGAUCAAAAUAUAGGUCUAGCUUCAGCAGCAACAGAUUCUUUGAACCGCCUUCAUAUUGGAAGUGAACAUCCCUGUGCAAGUAUCCGUAAAUUAUUAAGUAACGGAAGUUUCUAUUAUUCGUCCAACUUUGAUGUGGCUACGGUCCUACAAUAUCGUGGAGGUGGAUCCAAUGCAAAGAAAAGUACACUUACUAUGGAGAUGGCUGAUCGCUCUUUCAUGUGGAAUAGUUUUAUGACUGAAGGUCUUAUUAACUUUCGUAACCAUCUAAGUGAUUCUCAACGCCAAGAGCUUGAUGAGUGUCAUUUCCUCACAACAGCUAUCCGUGGCUUUGCAGAAUCUAAAGAAGUUCGAAUCGGAAGUUCUCAUGAACCUGCUAUGCUCACUAUCAUUUCUCGCCAGUCAUGGCGACGCGCAGGUACCCGUUACAAUGCCCGCGGUGUUGACGACGAAGGAAAUGUGGCAAACUUUGUGGAGACUGAAACUAUAUUAAGUUAUGGAGAUCUCAUUUACGGUUUUACUCAAAUCAGAGGUUCUGUUCCUAUUUUUUGGGAACAAGAUGCAAAUAUUAUUUCUGCAAAAAUCAACAUUACCCGAUCAUCUGAGGCCACCCAACCAGCAUUUAACAAGCAUUUCGAGCAAUUGGUUCAAAAGUUUGGUAUCGUCCAUGUUGUCAACUUACUUGCAAACAAACCUGGCGAGUAUGAACUUAGUGAACGUUACCGAAACCACAUUCUUGCAUCUCGUAAUCUCAAGGGAAAUCUUGGUUUAACUGAAUUUGAUUUUCACGCUGAAGUGGCCUCAAGAGGUUAUUCUCAAGCCAACAGAAUUAUCCCACUUCUUCAGGAAGCGUUUUUGGAAAUCUCAUUCUACUCAAACAAUGCACGACGUCCAGCAGACAAGACUGAACAACACGGUAUUUUCCGCACAAACUGUUUGGAUUGUUUAGACAGAACUAAUUUGGUCCAACAACUUAUUUCAAAGGAAGCUCUCAUGAUGUUUUUUGAGCUUUACCGUAUUCCACCUGGUCAGGAUAUUUGGGCCAAACAUAACUUUAUUUGGGCAGAUAAUGGUGAUCAACUGUCUCAGAUCUACGCCGGGACUAAUGCACUCAAAACAUCAUUUACUCGCAGUGGUAAGAUGGGAUUUGCAGGUGCCCUUGCUGAUGUAACAAAAUCCGUUGGUCGUCUUUAUAUCAACAACUUUGUGGAUAAAGGUCGCCAAAACACCAUGGAUUUGCUUUUGGGACGAACUGCUGGUCAGCAACAGGUCGUUUUACAUGACCCAAUUAAUGAUUAUGUUACAGUGGAACUGACAAGACGUGUUGGCGAUUUUUCUUCAACCAGAAACAUUAAGGUAUUCGCUGGCACCUUUAAUCUCAACGGUGUCAUGUCACCAGAUGAUCUUUCAGGUUGGCUUUUCCCACCUGAUGGUGGCCGUGAAGCCCCUGAUAUUGUACUUGUUGGCUUUCAAGAAAUUGUUGAACUUACACCAAGUCAAAUCCUCAAUGCUGAACCAUAUAAGCGUGAGUUUUGGGAAACACGAGUUGCAAAUACACUUAACCAGCGCGAUGAAUAUGUUUUGGUUCGGUCUGACCAACUGGUGGGUACCGCGCUUAUGAUGUUUGUGCGCAAAGCUGAAGUCUCCUAUGUCAAGAAUGUUGAAGGUGCCAUGAUCAAAACAGGUUUAGGAGGUAUGGCCGGUAACAAGGGAGGUAUUGCUGUUAGUUUUUACUUUGCUAGUACUUCUUUUUGCUUCAUCACUGCCCACUUGGCUGCAGGUCCAAAUAACAUUGACGAACGCCACCACAAUUUCAAAACCAUUUCCUCUGGUUUGGUAUUUUCUCGGGGACGUCGCAUUAAGGCUCAUGACAGCAUCAUCUGGCUUGGUGAUUUUAAUUAUAGAAUCAAUAUGCCAUAUGAAUAUGUUAAGGAGGAAAUCAAAAAGGGAAAUUUGGAAAAGCUUUUUGAGAAAGAUCAACUCUAUGACCAAAUGGUGAGGGGUGAAACUUUUCCUUUCUACAAUGAAAUGCAAAUCAAUUUCCCACCAACAUACAAGUUUGACAAUGAUUCAAAUGAGUAUGAUACCUCAGAAAAGAUGCGUACUCCUUCUUGGACUGACCGCAUCUUAAGUCGUGGAACAAACCUUCACCAGACCAGUUAUGGAUGUGUCCCAAAAAUUAUGUUUUCAGAUCAUCGCCCAGUUUAUGCCACAUUUAAUGCUACUGUGGUUGUCGUUGAUGAAGACAUUAAGAAUAGACUUGCGAACGAGUUGUACAACCGUCGUCGUCUUGAGGUUGGCGAUGCAAAUGAUUUGGUUUCAUUAAUUGAUUUAAAUGAAACAACGCUUACCCAUGGCCUGCCACCCCCAUCUAGUGACUCUCGCAAGUGGUGGAUUGCUGGUGGUCAGAGCACCAAAGUUAACUUUCAGCCACCCACUGGUACGGUCAUAAACCCAGACCGCGAUACCAAUCCGUUUGUUGAAGACGUUGAUUUCAUCAAGCCUCCUCUUCCUCCACGACCACACACGUUUACUUCUGGUACAAAACCACCAUCUGCUCCAGCAAUCUCCGGAAACAAACCAGAAGUCAGAGCUGCUCACCGUUCAAAUACGAUUGCCAGUGGACCAGGUGCUCGCCAGAUGAACCGCAAAUCUCUUUCACCACCACCUGUACCACGUAAACCGGUGUCGUUAAGUUCCAAACCAACGGCAUCGGGUGUGGCCAAAAGUGCGGCUCACAAGCCUGCGUCCACUCCAAGCCCAACCCCAAUCCCAACUACCGCUCACAUAUCGGCUUCUUCAUCGCCCUCUUCUGAAGCAGGAGUACCUGCCCCUCCUCCAAAGAGAAAAUCUGUUAAGUCUAAUGGAACAACUCCGCCAACAGGAUCCAAAAAUUUACUUGAUGAUGAUGGGGACGCCGAAAGUGUACGAGGAUGGACGCCACCACCUAUGGUACCUACUAGCGGUGCCAACAGCGUAAAGGGGUCAUCAGGAGGGCAUUCUACACCUAAGAGUUUACUAGAUGAUGAUGACCAAGAAGGGGCAGCGCCGAGUGUGUCAGGGCUUACUCUGUUGCAACCCACAAGUUAA